AGUCAACGCCUCUGGUCUGGUCGUGUUUGUCUGGUAGUGUAAAGGCGUUUUAAACGAAACGGCAAUAACAAUGUAGCCAACAUAGAAGACAGUAAAGUUUAAAAUUUCAGCCGUUUGAUUUGACAUUGACAAAAGCAAAACGAACAUCGAAGCGAAAAAAAUUUGUUCAUUUUACUCGCGAUGUUAUUUUGAAAUAAAAAUGGAAUACAGUAGUACAAUUGAUCGUCCGAGUGAUGUGAGUAACCGUGAGCGCGAUAUACCAUCGUUUAUUGAGCCUCAGCCUCCUUUAAUUUUGAAUCCUUUUAUGCGUCCUCGUCCUCAGAAAGGUACGAAUUUGUUGGAGUUGUUUGAAGAGGAUGAUUCGUUAGAGGAGGAGGUUCCGGAAUUGGUGCAAGUGUACUUGAGGCUGAAGCCGUCCAAUGUGCCUAGCAGUUUGUACGAGGUCCGGUCAGACAAGUGCCUCAUCACCUCGGUUGAUACGGCGACCGCGGGUCACGGCCGCCGCACGCAGCACAAUGUGUGCAAAAUGUACAGUUUCUCACAUAUAUUUGGACCGGAUGCUAAUCAGAACGAAAUUUUCGAGCAUGUAGUAAAAGGCAAUCUCCGCAAGCUCCCAGACGGGCAAAGUUUCACCCUCCUCACAUAUGGAGCAUCAGGUUCCGGAAAGACUUACACACUCAUGGGUACCGUGAAGGCCCCAGGGUUGGUGCCACGGUCACUAGAGUAUGUAUUCAAGGUUGUGGAGGCUGCGCAGAUGCCGCUGUAUCGGCCGGGGGAGAGCAGAGCUAACAAGCUUUCUUUAGCAGAGCAGGAGUAUGAACUACAGUGGGUUCGUAACCUAAGGCAAUUGUCAGCGCCACUACGCGAGAAAUACCGGCGCAUGAGUUCGAGACUCGCCAGCGACAUGAGUAGAAGCACUGUUGACCUCAGCAAGAGAACUAAGCAUUAUGUUUGGGUUUCAUUUGUAGAGAUCUACAAUGAGGCCAUAUACGACUUGCUGGUGACGACCGAUCGUACUGCGGCGUCUAAACUGCGUAUUCGGGAAGAUCCCUCUGGCAAUGUUUAUGUUAAGGGAGCAACUCAGGCCUUCGUCCGCACAGGCCAAGAAGCUUACGAUGUGAUGGUCGCUGGAAAACAUAACCUGCAAGUCCACGCCACGGGCGUCCACGCGCAGAGCUCCCGGAGCCACUGCAUAUUCACCAUAACCAUGCUCACCGAGACAGAAUCCGGCGUGGUGUUGUCGCACGUGCGGCUGUGCGACCUGGCCGGCAGCGAGCGCGCGCGCCGCACGCGCAACACCGGCGCGCGCAUGCAGGAGUCGCGCGCCAUCAACUCUUCCUUGCACGUGCUGGAGAGAUGCUUACACAAGCUUAGAAAGAAGCAGACGACCAAGCAGGACUUGGUUCCUUACAGGGAAUCGAAGCUGACCCGUCUCCUAGGCACGGGUCUCUCCGGAACCCGCGGCGAGGCGGUGAGCAUGGUCGUGACGCUAAACCCGGCGCCAGAAUACGCGCAUGAAACCCGACACGUGCUACAGUUGGCUGCCGUCGCUAGGGACAUACAGGUGAACCACACGAUAGCGGAAUCAAUCUCGACAUUAGAGAACACUUGUUCUUCGAUUCAAGAAACUACGAUCGCGAGCAGCGCCGAGGUGAUCAGACUACGAGCAGAAAACGAGAGAUUACAUUAUGAACUAGUGCAAGCCGAAUCAUCAAACCGGAAGUUAAAUGAGGAUAUACAAAGCAACUCUGUCGCGGUUGAAGAGCUAGUAGCAGAAGCCCGUGAUAUCAUUGAGCAGUACUACAAGUCACAGAUUCGGAGUCUCGAGGAGCGACAUGAGGCUGAGAUGGCGGAGUUGCGCGAGGAAUAUGAGGGCAGACUUAAUGAGCCGGCUAAGCCCGUAGUCGUGGAAAAUGGGACGCCUUCACGAGCUUUAAAAAAUAAGGUCAUGCAGCUUAUGAAUAAAAUUGCGAUAUUGGAGGAGGAAUUAAACGCAGAGCGGCUAACGCGGGCGCGGAUGGAGGAAGAGAUGUUACAUCUGAGGACCUGCAUCGAAGAGAGAGACGAGAAAUGUUCCGAUGACCAAGACGACGCGAUACAGCUGACUGACAGUGAAGACGACAGCGACGAAGAGGACGAUCUUUGCAACGACAGUCUCGAACCUACUUUCAAAAAAGAAGAUAUCAACCGUUCAAGACUCUUGCGUCAAAGCAUACUCAAUAACACCAGAAACACUACCUUUGACUUAGACAGACCACACGACACGCUCAAAGACGAAAGUGUGGCAGACCCUACGUAUGACGUUAGUAAGAAAGAAGAAUCAGAUUCAGUUCGGAAUACUACUAUAACUGAAGAUGAUGAAACAUAUGAUGCGUCUAACGAUACGUAUAACCAAUCCAUGGAUUGCCCUGCUACAGUAAAAAAGGCUGAAGUGAAAAAAGCUGAAGAUACAAAAGAUAAUUCAAAAGUCGAAAAACACAGUGCUAGAUAUACUUAUUUCGUUAGAAAUUCUAGUGUAAGUUUAAAUGAGAAACAAGAUUCAGUUGACUCGGGACACAUUGCCGAUAUAAGUGUUUCUUUACGAGAUGACGAUGAUCUGAAAGAUGUUAAUAUAAAUGGUGAUGUAGCAAAACCAAGUAAGACUAUUGAAACUCAAAUCGAUAAAAUUAAAAAGUUUGCAAUUAGCACAGCGUCGAAUAACAGCUCCCUUACACAAUUUGAACUGUUAGAAAUGCAAAUGAACGACAAAUCGGCAUUCAAAUAUUUUGAUGAUGGAACUGCCAAGAAAUCUAUAAGUAUGAGUCCAGAAAAGAAAGUUAAGAAGCCUUAUUUUGACGACGAACCACUGACCCCAAAUCAAAUAUCCAAGGUAAAAGAUUUGAUAAAAAAACAGGAUGUUUUAAGGUCUCCAUCCAUAGUCCAGGAUGAAAUUCCAGAAAACUACAAACCUAGUACUAUCAACAAAAUUAUGCGCGAGAGUAUCACAGUAACCACCGAACUACCUCCUUUGUAUAAAAAUAAAAUAUUAAAGAAAAUGCAUGAUUCCAUAGAUCCGUUUGAAGAUGUCGACUCACCGUGCCCAAUUAAAGACGUACUGAACAAUGUCGAGGAGGUACGAAAAUCAAUUGAAGCAAUUUCCCUGCAUAACAAAGAAAAAGUUUCAAAAUCGGAAACUGUGAAGGAUUUGGUUGAAAUAGAAAUUAAAUCAGAAAUCAUGGAAAAAGAUGAUCAAAAUGUAAUUGAAUCAGAAAUUAAUGAAGAUGCUGUUACAACAGAACUUGGCAAUGAAAGUAAAAUUCAUGAUGCUGCCGCUAAUAAAGAAGAUAAAAGCACGAAUGAAAAGGAUAUAGAUGCCCGGUCGCCUGCAGAUGAAAUUAAAUUUAUUGAGAAUACUACUGACACGGAUGUAAAGCAUGAAAUUUUAACCGAAGUUAAACAAAAGGAAACUAACCCAGAAAAUAUUGAACAAGAAACCGAAAAUGUACCCAAAUCUGAAGGACUUCUACUCGAAAUCACUUCACUAAACGACAUUACCGCUUCAAAUCAAAUAUUAGCAACAGAUGAUAAUACUAUUGAUGUUUUUGAGAAUAUUUACAAAGAAAUAACAAUGCCAAGAGCAACUAAAUUUGAUCUUCUUGUUUCCGAAAAAUCUUUAGAUACUACAAAUGUAAAUCAGACUAAUAAAAUCGAAGAAAUAUCAAAAAAAGCGAACGUAAACAAGGAAGUAACAAUUGAAAACCAGAAAACUAACACAGAAAAUGUUGAAAAUGAACCCAAAUCUGAUGAACUACCACACGAAAUCACUUCACUAAACGACAUUACCGCUUCAAAUCAAACAAUAGCAGCAGAUAAUAAUACUAUUGAUGCUUUUGAGAAUAUUUACAAAGAUAUAACAGUGCCAAGAGCAACUGAAUUUGAUCUUCUAAUUUUUGAUAAAUCUUUAGAUAUUAUGAAUGUAAAUCAAAUUAAUAAAAUCGUAGAAAUCUCGGAUAAAGCGAAUGAAAACCAGGAAAUGACAGCUAAGAAAAAUGAUAAUAACAAGGGAACUGUUGAAGAUGAUGUUAAUGACAACAAUAAUCAAAGAACUGCCAAAAAAAAUAAGGAAACAAUUAAAGAUGUCAGUGACAACAAUAAUCAUGAAAUUAAACAAGAAAAACCCAAAGAACCUGAAACCAAGGUUAAAUACAAUCUCCGCCACAAAACCCAAAACACCAGUAAAACAGACAACGAUGAAACAAUUGAUCACACAGAGAAAUGCGCUCCAAGGACUGCUAAGAAAUCUCUACGCUUGAGACGAAGGAAUAAAGUAGAUGAACCGGAUGAGGAUGAAGUUAAGUUAAAGGAUAUAGUGAACUUGCAGACGGAGUUUUCGGAUGUGACAAUGGGAGUGCCGGCGCCGGUGAAGGAGGUGAAAGAUAUGCCGUCGCCGGAGAAGAGUGAGAGGGAGAAUCAGCCGCCGCUGAUGGGAGUUCAGAGUUGUCCGUCUAAGAGUGUGACCCGCAGCCGCCGCAAGCUGUUCACGCCGCGCGCCGAGCCGCUGGAGGAGUCCCCGCCCUCCGGGGACAGCACGGAGCGCGUGCGGGUGCCGCGCCCCAGCUACCACCGCCCCCGGACAAGGCGGCGGCUGAACUGAUGACGCCACCACCAUACUAACACCGAUAGGGGACGUGCAUAAACUGUAACAUUAAAUAUUACACUAACUUACGUUAACUAUUUGACGCGAAGUGUCGAUCUUAAGUUUUUUUUAUUUAGGGCCCUUUUAUUUAUGCCGAACUCUCGGAAGUGAGCGUGAAAUGUGAGGGGCGGCCCCGGCACCUUCUUGACGUGAAAUGUCGAUAUCAAAUUUACCACCACCGAGUGGUAAAACUGGCAGACCCUCCGGCGCUUAAAUAUUAAAAAGGGCCCUCCACGUUCAUGUGCGAAUCGCGGCGCGAAGACGCGAACACGAGUGUGGCGUCGAUUUCGCAAAUUGUUCACGCCUUCGCUCCGUUUUUUGUCGGUCUUACGGCCCGCGACAAAGGAGGCGCGAAGCGCCAACUUGCAAGACUCCAUAUUAUGCACUAUUUUGGCUCAUCAGUGGAAAGAUAAAUAUUAAUUAUAUUAUGAUUAUAUUGUAUGACAGCUAAAUCAAAAUCACGUAUGAUGCCGUAGAUAACUAACUAAAUCGGCACUAAACAAUAAGCUAGUUGGUAUUUUUAAUUGUUUAAAAUUUAGGUAGACUUAUGAAAAAUCUGCGAAGUUAAUUGCAUUAUUCAAGCUAUUAAUAAAGUUUAUUAUAUUUUG